AUGAGCGAGAAAAGCAUCUGGCCAGGAUUGGAAGCUGUGCAUCACCAAUCUAUCUUCGAGGAUAAUGGAGACUUGGUGUGGCUGAAGGGAGACUGCAUCUUCAUCAUCAGAGAUGAUAGCAAGUAUGCAGACUGGACCAAUGAGGACACGAGGAUUUCUUGACUCAUGUUCUUACAGUAUGACAACCAGAAGAGUGUGAAAUACAGAUCAACCAAUGUGGAAGAUGUGUUGUGAUUUCUGGGCAAGGCAAGUCAAUAUUAAAAGGAGCAGUCUUAAACUCUGUAAUAACCCUGUAAGUAUAUUAACCAACCUUGCAGGUUUUGAACACCUCUGAGUCGCUUUCACUAAGUACUGCUGGGAGACAAUGAAGGGCAGCCGUUCGACUGACAUUCACGUCCCUUGAUUGCUAAAAGGACACAGACAGAACAUUAAUAAAUCAACUUUCAGAGGACAAAUGGGAAAAGUAUAUAUGCACUGUGAUUUUAAACCAGUAUGGCUAUCCAUAGGCUCAAUCCCUAAUCGAGACACAACUCUCCUUUUACUACCAUUUCACCCCAAACCAAUUUUAUGUACACUGCAGGUGGGGUUUGGAAAAUGGUAAAGAAUUAAAUCAAAUAAUAAAUAGGGGGAGUGCCCGCACAGACCAAGAAAACUGACCAAAUAUGUAAAUUAGAAAGUAACAAACCAUUUCAUCAUACAUCUUCAGAAUGGCAGAAAGCCGAUGUCCAAUGCUCCCCAUCUGUCCCUGCGCCUCCCGGGAUAAAGCCAGCAAGCGUUCAGUGUGAUGGUCUAGUGCAGCAAAGAACGAUCGCUGCAGGUUCAGCACAUAUCUGUAGAUUAAAUAUAUUUUUUAAAGACACAGAAGUUUUCUGUACUUAAUGCGAUUAUACAUUACCAGGCACUUACUGAAUGACAAUAACUCAAUACCAAUACCAAUACAAUGUUUUUUUUACAUUGUAACAUAAUGUAAACCCUGCAACCAGGCCAAAGCAAUACCUGUGACUCUAGAAAUAAUGCCAGCCAUCUAUUCUCCACUGUCUGUAUUUUAGGACUGCUGUUCAGAAUCUCCUGUCUUCUCAGGGCAAAUGUCUUUCCCAUACAGUGAUUGAUUCCAGCCAAGACUUUGUGUGUCUUCUUAAUCUCAAGAGCAAUAUCGGUCCUUAGCUUUUCCAGAUCUGCUUCAACUUUUGAUUGCGGGAACUGUGAGAGGUUGACUGGGCCACAGUAAACGGUGUGUUUUAGUGGUGGUUCUGGAUCUUUCCUUUUUUUGGCACUUUUUUUUACCAACCUCAGGACACCUUUCUCUGCCUAGAUUCGUUCUGUAUUUGCCUACUUUAAACUUAAGGCCAUUCUUCCAUCCCUCUCACCCUUUUGGUGACCCAUUGUCAGCAAGGCAUGUAUGUCGGUGGACUAAGGCUUCUGCAGCAUCUUCAAAGUCACACUCACUUGGAUACUCAUUCCUCUCAUACAUAGCUUUUGCCACGCCAUCCAAAAUCUGUUGUCUUUGGUUUCUGGUCAACACCAGUUGUCUUCCAAAUUGGUCAUAUCCUUGAUUUCCCUCUCUCAGUUACAAUUCAAGAUCAUGUGAAAAGGUUGGCACCUCAAAGUCGUCACUCGGUUGUCCUGGAUGCUGUGAAAUUGAUAAGUGUGGAUUACUCAAUGACACCCCAGAGCUAGUCAUGGCAUCCUCCAAUAUCAAAAGCUUAAUUGUGCCCCUGUUUGGCAGAUCAUCAAUGCAGGCCAGCUUGCAAAACUGAGAAUCAGACUGUGAAAUUGAAUGUCAAUGGUGUAAGGAAUGUCAAAUUGCUGCGUCAGUAAAAUGAUAAGUUGGUCAUUCUGGUAGUUUACUUAAAUUAGCAAGGUGUUAAUACUUUUAUUGCGAAGUCAGCUGAGCAAAUAUAUAUAAUUCAAGGUUGACAAUUAAAAUGUAAUUUGUAAGCACACAAUAUGUUUACCUGAUUUGAACACAAAAUUACAAUGUUACAAAUGCCAACUAAAUAUCACACGUAACAAAAUAAAAAUAUAUGUUUUAUGUAAAUUGCACUAAAUAAGCUUGUGUGCAAAAUGACUUAAAUAACUGUUGUUUGAAAGAUUAAAAAUGUUAUAAUAUAAUAAUAAUAUGCCAUUUAGCAGACGCUUUUAUCCAAAGCGACUUACAGUCAUGUGUGCAUACAUUUUUACGUAUGGGUGGUCCCGAGGAUCGAACCCACUACCCUGGCGUUACAAGCGCCGUGCUCUACCAAUUGAGCUAUAGAGGACCACCCUCUGUGAGGAAGUGAAAUCAAUUGAGUUCAAGGUACUUCAAGCAAAACAAAUGUUAUGCUUACUUUAAAAAAUCAGGUUUUGUUAUGUUACAAUUGCUUUUAAGUUGCAUCUAUGAGUAAAUGAAUGUUCAAUGUACAAGCUGUCUUUUGUUAUAUGCACUUACACACUUUCCUUUCUGUUAUUGAGAGCCUGGUCUCCGGUUUGGCCGCAGUAAGCAGUCAGUGGGUCACAUGGUGUCACGGUUUCGGCCGAGGCUGCCUCUCUUCCUUGCUCGGGCAGGCUUCGGCGUUCGUCGUCUCCGGAAUACUAGCUGCCACCGUUGCAUGUUUCUAUGUUCGUUUGCUUUUGUCUGAUUGUUGUCACACCUGUUAUCAUUUAGUGUCAUUAGUGUCCUAUUUAGUUCUCGUUGUGUUGGUCAGGUGUUGUGUGUGAUUGUUUUACUGUCGUGCCGGUAGGCUUGAUAUUUACUGUUUGCUCGGUUGAGCUAGUUUGCUCCUUAGUUUUGGAGUAUUUUGUCGCACCUGUUUGUGCGCUUGUGUUUACGCCUACGUGCGGAGCUUUUUGCCUCAGGGCAUUUAUUUCGUGUUUGUUUUACUGUGCCUCACUAAAGUCUGCUGGACUAACGUACUGCGUCCUGCGCCUGAUUCCACCCACACCCACCUACAUCUACCUUGACACAUGGAACAUGUAACAUUCAUGAUUCAUAUCCUAGUUUUCUCUUGUUGUUUAGAACAUUAUCUCUGGUUACAUAACUUAAAUUCACUAGUGAGCCGUGACAUUUUUACAACAGUACAGUAUAAGCUGUUACUUUGAAAAUACUCACCUACUCUUACUAGAGUUUACUAGGUUUUACCAUGUUUCAGUUUAUCUCUCCCUGGUAAAUGUCUGUAUGCCAAAAAAUGUACCAUAAAGGUUGAACCUAUACUUCUGUAAUAGAUGGUGAAGUGUAGUCUCCACCCUAAGGUCAUAGCUCUGCCUCUGCAGCACUGCUCCUCUCACCUCUGAAUGAGAGCCAGACUUAAAUGUUCUGCUUUGUGGAUGUAAGCUGUGCUAUAUUUCACUCAUUUAAAGAGUGUUAUUAUAAUUGGCCUGUAAAAGUUUUAUGGUAUAACGGACCUGCACAAAGACAACAUAGAGCCUUGCCUCUCACGACACCAGAAAGUGCACAGUCAGUACAAUGAACAAACGGCAGUAUUGAUAGAAGUUCUCACUGGGUAACUGCCUGUGUCUGGUCUGAAGGGGUGGUUUGUGGUUUGUGCUGUGUGUGGAAUCUUCAGACUGCGAUUUACUGAGUUUGAAUGAGCUGAAGUGUUUGUGUUUUGGGGUGUGUGCCUGUGUGUUGUGUGUGUGUGGUAUGUCUGAGGUGAUCUGGCAGUGCUUUUGUUGGGUGGCAGAAGACUGGCAGAAGACUGGUAGAAGACUGGUAGAAGACUGGCAGAAGACUGGCAGAAGACUGGUAGAAGACUGGCAGAAGACUGGCAGAAGACUGGCAGAAGACUGGCAGAAGACUGGUAGAAGACUGGGAGAAGACUGGCAGGCCGCUGGUGUUUUGUGUUAGAGGAGAAGAAUGUGAGAGCUUCUAUUUAAGUGAUAAUGCCUGAGAAACCGGUGUUGGGAGGAUAUAUUUGCACGGGUGUUGGCAAACCGUGCCAAGAUAUCCUCCAAACACCGGCUUCGAGGGCAUUAUCAUUUUUAUACAAGGGGUUACCAACAAAUUAAAAUAAUGAUUUACAUAUUUUCAUUAAAAACGUUAUUAUGAGGAAUUUAUUUAUACCAUUUCAUCCUUCCACAAGAAAUAGCCCCGACACAAAUCUAGGGUUACUACCCAAGCCGGCUGGUCGUUCGUUCUAUCGGUUCGGUUGCCAGAGCCGCGACCCAGUCGUUAAGUCUUUUUGUUCUGUAUCAGUCGUUUGUCCUAAAAGUUCUAUUGCCAUAAUGGCUGGCAACGUUCUUAUCCCUUGCGUGCUAGCUAGCCAACUACGGGUAACUUACAGUCAUGUCAAACAAUGCAGCCAGAAUUUAAAAAAAGUAUCUUCAUUUGCAUUUGUUUAGUUGGAUACAUCCAUAACAAUGAGCUAAUGAUGCGCAAUUUCACCUGGCAUAGAAAAUGUGCUCUCUCGUCAGGACACUGUUGUUCAGAGGAGCUAGCCAACAACACAGCUAACGCAAUAACUUCAAACUGAAGUUGGAAAGACUGCAAACUAGCUGCACUUCGUUUCGUUUUACCUGUUUUUUUUUAUUGAUAUUUCUUUGUUUAUAUCCAUAAUAAUGAUGCUGAUUCAUGAUUUGGACUGGCUGUGAAAAGCUGCCUGCCUGUCUGUGUCAUCCCGACUCCCGACACAGGGGGCUGUGGGUGCGGCUUAACUCUGUCCGGAAUUGGCGGCAGGGUGAAAAAUGUGCUUUCUUCCCCCUCUGAUUUCCUGCAAUUCAAAAACAAAUAUCCAUAGCACUGAGCAAAAAUGUUGCAGUGUGAAAAAAUACUCUGAUUGUCUAGCUUUUAUUUAGGUGAUUUCUAGUUCUCCAAGAUGAUAUUAUUUAAAAAUAUAUAUUUAAAAAAAUAUAUAGGUCAAUUAUCUUUUCUAAAUACUUUCUGUCUGGGUUUAGUCAUUUAACUGUACACUGAAAGCGUAUUUCCUCCCAAAAAUGUCUUAAACAAAUAAAUACAUGUUUUUGUUUUUUUGUUUGGUGUGGCCGCCGCUAAAUGAAUAAAGGAGAAACUUUUAGUGUUUCAGAUAAUAAAGGUAAUGUAUUUGCCUUGGCUGGUUUACCAACCUGGGAAUAAAAGGAAUGUCUCACCAUGUCUUUCCUCUAUCACUGGAUGAUAAGCAGCUCAAAGUAGAGCAAUAGAGGCCUUUUGGACGCAAGCAAAUAUGAUAAAACACAUUAGGUCUACCACACAAUGUAUGUGGCUACAUUGCCCAGUAGAUCCACUAAUAAAGAUCUAGCCUAGGGAUGAGGUUUUUAAAGACUUACAUUUAGACAUGAUGGUAACUUGCAAUUUUGUGUAUCGUUCUUCAUACAUAGUAUCAGUAGGUUUGCACCAAAAAUCAGGUUACUUUUGCCUAUGAUGCCAUGCGAGUUUGAGUGUCAGUCAGUUUGACUUUUGCAUUAAUGUGUCAUUAAUGUGCUAGAUUUGUUCAGAGGUAUGUGGCUCAGGCAGUGUACUGUAACAUUCCUCUGUUCCGAUGCGUACACACACACACACACACACACACACUCACACUCACACACACACACACACACACACACACACACACACACACACACACACACACACACACACACACACACACAAAGCCACCCUGAAGGCCUCAGUGGAAUUCACACAAGGUUCCUUUUGCAUUGUCAUGUGCAUAGGUAUAGAACAUUGUUUUAUAUCUAUGGUCAUGUGUGUCUUCCUUAUCGUUCUGGAAUGAUAUCAUUUGUUUUUUGUUUGUUUGGCUUGAUUGAUUGUCUUUGUGUAAUCUUGAAAUGCUUUGGGUGUAGGAUACUCAUAUAAGCCUAUAUCGUACAUGUAUACAGUGGGGAGAACAAGUAUUUGAUACACUGCCGAUUUUGCAGGUUUUCCUACUUACAAAGCAUGUAGAGGUCUGUAAUUUUUAUCAUAGGUACACUUCAACUGUGAGAGACGGAAUCUAAAACAAAAAUCCAGAAAAUCACAUUGUAUGAUUUUUAAGUAAUUUAUUUGCAUUUUAUUGCAUGACAUAAGUAUUUGAUACAUCAGAAAAGCAGAACUUAAUAUUUGGUACAGAAACCUUUGUUUGCAAUUACAGAGAUCAUACGUUUCCUGUAGGUCUUGACCAGGUUUGCACACACUGCAGCAGGGAUUUUGGCCCACUCCUCCAUACAGACCUUCUCCAGAUCCUUCAGGUUUCGGGGCUGUUGCUGGGCAAUACGGACUUUCAGCUCCCUCCAAAGAUUUUCUAUUGGGUUCAGGUCUGGAGACUGGCUAGGCCACUCCAGGACCUUGAGAUGCUUCUUACGGAGCCACUCCUUAGUUGCCCUGGCUGUGUGUUUCGGGUCGUUGUCAUGCUGGAAGACCCAGCCACGACCCAUCUUCAAUGCUCUUACUGAGGGAAGGAGGUUGUUGGCCAAGAUCUCGCGAUACAUGGCCACAUUCAUCCUCCCCUCAAUACGGUGCAGUCAUCCUGUCCCCUUUGCAGAAAAGCAUCCCCAAAGAAUGAUGUUUCCACCUCCAUGCUUCACGGUUGGGAUGGUGUUCUUGGGGUUGUACUCAUCCUUCUUCUUCCUCCAAACACGGCGAGUGGAGUUUAGACCAAAAAGCUCUAUUUUUGUCUCAUCAGACCACAUGACUUUCUCCCAUUCCUCCUCUGGAUCAUCCAGAUGGUCAUUGGCAAACUUCAGACGGGCCUGGACAUGCGCUGGCUUGAGGAGGGGGACCUUGCGUGCGCUGCAGGAUUUAAAUCCAUGAUGGCGUAGUGUGUUACUAAUGGUUUUCUUUGAGACUGUGGUCCCAGCUCUCUUCAGGUCAUUGACCAGGUCCUGCCAUGUAGUUCUGGGCUGAUCCCUCACCUUCCUCAUGAUCAUUGAUGCCCCACGAGGUGAGAUCUUGCAUGGAGCCCCAGACCGAGGGUGAUUGACCGUCAUCUUGAACUUCUUCCAUUUUCUAAUAAUUGCGCCAACAGUUGUUGCCUUCUCACCAAGCUGCUUGCCUAUUGUCCUGUAGCCCAUCCCAGCCUUGUGCAGGUCUACAAUUGUAUCUCUGAUGUCCUUACACAGCUCUCUGGUCUUGGCCAUUGUGGAGAGGUUGGAGUCUGUUUGAUUGAGUGUGUGGACAGGUUUCUUUUAUACAGGUAACGAGUUCAAACAGGUGCAGUUAAUACAGCUAAUGAGUGGAGAACAGGAGGGCUUCUUAAAGAAAAACUAACAGGUCUGUGAGAGCCGGAAUUCUUACUGGUUGGUAGGUGAUCAAAUACUUAUGUCAUGCAAUAAAAUGCAAAUUAAUUACUUAAAAAUCAUACAAUGUGAUUUUUGUUUUAGAUUCCGUCUCUCACAGUUGAAGUGUACCUAUGAUAAAAAUUACAGACCUCUACAUGCUUUGUAAGUAGGAAAACCUGCAAAAUCGGCAGUGUAUCAAAUACUUGUUCUCCCCACUGUAGGUGUUGAAAGUUGGUAUGGCAGUUGAAUUGUCAGAGAUCUAUGUUGGAAUGGCAGAGUUCUAAGCACUCUGGCCUCAGAUGAUCUUUGAUCAAAGUUGAUCCAUGAACUCAUUUGUUUUUAAUAAGGGCCAUUCAGAUCAGUCCUAUUAUGCUUCUAUAAGAGGAUUAGAAUCUGCUUCUCCACUUCAGAUCUUCUAUGCACUUCAGCGAAUAGCAGAACACAGAUCCACCAGUUGUUAUUGUACAUUAUUCAAAGACCAGGGAAGUUAAACUAGGCGGUAGUGUGUGUGUGUGCGUGCGUGAGUGCGCUUGUGUGUGUGUGUGUGUGUGUGUGUGUGUAGGUGAGUCCUGCCAGCAUAUCAGAUGCCUCUUCUGUUUUUCGUAUCAUUCUUGUUUUGAGGCUAUUUAUUCAGGCCACUUGCUGUUGAACUUGUUGUUGUUGUUGUGGCAGUAGCUCAGGGCUGGCUCCCCUGACGUCACCUGUGUGUGUGUGUGUGGAUCACUCAGGAAGGAGAUCAUGCUACAGAGCCCUGAUCUAAUUACUCCUGAUCUCGUAGAGACCACAGAUGUGGACCUGGCUGUUGUUGUUUUCAUCACCAUCAUGAGAGCGUUAAGUUAAAAGUCAUGUUGGUUAAAGACCUUCCAAAAAUAGGCUAUACGAAGAAGACUGCCACAGAAAAACAAUCUUCCUUCAGCAUUUAUUAGAGCUAUCUUCAGUAUGAAGGGACCAUUUUUGUUGGCUCAGUCCCGAACAUCUUUGUCUACUAUGACGAUCUCGUUUGGGACGAGCCCUAAACCUUCACACCUUCCAGGGAGUGGAGGUGAGUUUGCUGUUAAAAAUGUAGUGUCACUCGAUCUAUCUGGGUCACAGUGUCACAAUCAUGAUGUGGCAGGCCUGGAGGUUGGAGCAAGGCAAAGGACAAUGGAUCCAUACUGGGGAUCGACCUGAUUCGAAUAGACCUGAUUCUUACGGGCAGCGCCAGCCUGCCUGGAAAAAGGGCUGCGUCGCUCCCAGGGGUGAGGUGAGGGAUGGUCCCGCCACGGCGUGGGGUAGGAGACGGCCUCAGCGCACCUAGCCCGCCUCCCCAAAUACCCGUUGUGACAGCAGUACCCCCAAGUAGUACAUCCAAUCGGGGUGCGUCACUGAUGGCCGAAACCCCAAACCCAGAGUGGACCAGGUUUCAGGCAAACGUUUGCACUUUAAUAAACGUAUUGUUUUCACGGGUUAUCAAAAGGGUUGUGUAUCCCACGUGAGUUCAAUAAAGCGUGUCCCUCCUCCACAUUCAAACACAGGGUUGUCGAGAGUGGUGGAAAAAAACAGUGACGUCAGAAUGCAGGCCGCAAUUUGUUGUACGCCCGCCGUGUUUUUGUGGCGUCAUCACGUUGGCUGUUCCACUGGCCUCAGCGCCAGUGUUAAGGGAGGAAAUAUCCUUCCUGCUCCAGAAGCAGGCAAUAAACAAGUACCUCCAAGUUUGCGCAUUCAGGAUGCUCAGAUAUCAGCAGCUGUUACGGUCCGUGCGUACCGGCGAUUGGUUCACCACCAUCAACCUGAAGGACGCGUACUUUCAUGUGCCCAUGUACCCCAGUCACAGGUUCCAUUAUGAGGCGAUAGCCUACGAGUUUGUGUUCCUCCCGUUCGGUCUGUCCCUCUCACCGCGUGCCUUUUUAAAGGUAUUGGAGGCGGCUGAGGGUGUUGGCCUAUCCGGACGAUUGGCUGAUACAGCAGAAUCAAGGGAACAAGCGGUGUUGCACAAAUCCAGACUAGUGUCCCAUGGUCUCUAGGUUUUAUGAUAAACCACAGAAAGAGCUGUCUGACCCCAUUGCAGAGCAGUCCAUUCCUCGGUCUUGAGUUAGACUCACGCGUGAAUCGGGCUUUUCUGUCCCCACAGAGGGUGUCCGGGUUCCGGAUCUGCUUGGCCCAAUUUCGGAUGUGGCGUACAGUGCGUUUUCGCCAAUUCCUGUGCCUACUGGGGAUGAUGGCUUCUAUGAUAGUAGUCGUUCCCCUGGGGCUAUUAUUGAUGCAGCCUUUUCAGCGCUGGGUGCUAGCCACUCGAUUGGAUGCAUCUCGACACCUAAACCGGUUGAUUCAGGUGUCCCUGCGGGCACUGGCCCAGUGGGGAGACCACCAUGUACUGUCGCAAGCGGUUCUCAUGGGCCAGGUGUUAUUCCACAAGGUGGUCACGACAGACCCCCCCCCGCCCCCCCCCAAGGGUGGGGCGCGCUGUGCAAUGGCUACUCGAUUCUGGGGGUGUGGACUGUGGCACAGAUUGCCUGGCAUAUCAAUUACCUGGAGCUUCUGACAGUGUAUUUGGCGCUCAGGCAUCUCCUCCCUCGUUAUCGGGCUGGCAUGUGCUGGUCAGAUCGAACAACAUGACGACAGUGGCUUACAUCAACUGGCAGGGGGGGACCCGGUCUCUCCCUGUCCUCACUUUGGUACGCUCCCUGUUGCUGUGGAGCGGGGCACACUUGCUCUUGCUCGGGUCCGGAUCUGCUAUCCAGGGUGGCCCUGGGUGGCUACACACCUGGGUGGUUACCCAGAUAUGGGAGAGGUUCGGCAGGGCCAACGUAGACCUUUACGUAUCGCGAGAAAACAUGCAGUGUCAUUUGUUUUUCUCAAUGAGGGACUCAAGCGCUCCGUUGGGAACGGACGCACUGGCACACCAGUGGGCUCGGACCCUCCUUUAUGGAUUUCCUCCCAUGGAGCCGGGCGGCCUUGGUUGGCAGAGAUCAUUUGCCUGUUAGGCGGGGUCCCGUGGCAACUCCCGUUGCGCAGGGACCUGUUGUCCCAGGCACACAGGCAGGUUUGGCACGCAAAGCCAGAGACUUUGUUCUAUGGGCCUGGCCCCUGAGAGAGGCCAUCUGAUUGCUAGAGGUUUACCUCUGAAUGUUAUUGCUACCAUUCAGUCCACAACUGUAUGUGUAAAAGUGGCAGGCGUUUGAGCUCUGGUACCAAGAUAAAGGACUUAUUCCUUUUUAGUGCUCUGUGAGGGACAUCCUUAUGGUCCUACAGGAGCUUUUCGAGCAGGGUCGGGCAUUCUCCACUUAAAACAUUUACAUGGCCGCUAUCUCAGCGCGUCAUGUGGUAAUUGACUGAGCAACACCGGGGGCCCACCCCCUGGUUGUGCUGUUCCUGAAAGGUGUGCGCAGUCUCAGACUGUUCUCUAAAUCUAUUACACCCACAUGGGUUUUGGCUCUGGUUUUGGAGGCACUGUGUGCGGCCCCCUUUGAGCCUCGGGACUCAGUGGAUCUGAAGAUCCUCUCCUACAAGACCACCCUGCUCAUGGAUUUUGCCUCGGUUAAACGUGUUUGGGACCUCCACACAUUAUCCGUACACCCUUUCUGUACUCAGUUUGCCCCUGGAGACUCUAUGGUGGCAUAUAACAGCAAGGGACAAAGGUUACCUAGUGGCAUACGCGCCCACUCCACCAGGGGUCUGGCAGCGUCUUGGGCGCUAUUUAAAGGGUUGACUGUUUAUGCUGCGACGUGAUGGGCAUCACCACACAUUUUUGUGAGGUUUUAUUGCUUGGAUGUCAAUGCUCCCAUUGUAGCCCACAGUGUGCUUACAGCUGGGACAGGAGAGGGUCAAUAGGCAGCGCGCAGGGUGCGCAGACCCAGACUACCGCAUGUUGCGUGGUUGAUGUCUGGGAGGUCUGCUAUGGGCCAUUUCAUUUGGUAUCCAUUGGGGCAGGACUCCAUUUCCCCAUAGUUGUGUUGUACUGGGAGUACUGACUGAAAGGGAACGUAACUUUAUGAUUAUAACAACUUUUCCCUGAAUGAGGGAAAUGAGGUACAACACCAGUUCUGGGCUCGCUGAAGAGUGGUACUGAAUUGAAGUAAUGAAUCCGAGCCUCAGGGUUAUCACCUGUGGAAGGCGGAGCUUUCAGCGAGGCAGAGAUUUCAUUGGCCUUGUCAAUUGAAGUCGCGAGAGUACGACUCCCCAUAGUUGUGUUGUACCUUGUUUCCCUCCUUCAGAGAACAGUGGUUAUAGUCAUAAUGUAACGUUAUGAAUGGUGGCCUUGAUGAACAGUCACAGGAAUCUUCUCAUUUUCUGUUCUUCUCUCUAGAUAGAAAACCAAAUAAAACUAUAUCAUGAUUUCACAUAGUUAAACCCUGUUCCCCCCCUCUCUUUGUCUUUGUCUUUCUCUCUCUCUCUCUCUCUCUCUCUCUCUCUCUCUCACACUUUCUCUCUCUCACACUUUCUCUCUCUCACACUUUCUCUCUCUCACACUUUCUCUCUCUCUCUCUCUCACUUUCUCUCUCUCUCUUUCUCUCUCUCUCUCUCUCUCUCUCUCUCGCUAUCUCACUCUCUCUGUCUCUGUCUCUGUCUCUCUCUCUCUCUCUCUCUCUCUCUCUCUCUCUGUCGCUCUCUCUUCUCAGGGCCAGGUGGAAGUCUGUGCUGUUCUGCAGGUUCCAGAUCUAGAACCAGAACAGACAGAGUUCUAUGUGGUUUUAGAAGGUUCCAGACUAGCCCAUGUUACUGUAGGGAAGAGAACAGAGGAUGGAAAGUCUCUGUGCUUCACUGCUCCAGGUGAGUCCCACAAUUCCUAGUGUCCAUUGAUCCCAGAUCAGUCUGACAGUCUCACACAGGGCUACUGACUGAGGUUAGAGCAGAACCCUUAGUUAGAUACAGGGUCAUUGCUUCCAGUUAUUAUUAGUUCCCCUUUUAUUCAAUUUUUAGGUCAAAAUAACACGGAUUCUAAUAAACUCAGUAGAUGUAUUCAUAGCAGUAGUUUGCUUAACUUAAUGAAGACCGUGUUGGUCCGAACAUUGUUGCUGUAUCACAAGCUUCAAUAGAAAUCAUGUUUGGGAGCAGAAAACUAUUAUUGUCUUAGUGUCCAUAUUAGGAUUAGUGUCAGCAGGACUCUCAGACCGUAUUGUUGUCUUUUUCGAUCAUCAGUCAUCUGUUCGUCUCCUCUCCUCCACAGGUCAUGACCUCCAGGAGACCGUCUCUGUCACAGCGUAUUGCCACACAGAGGGCAGAUCCAAGCCCUGUGGAGGCAGGGCCUCCCUAAAGUACGUCUGUGAUUCGCCACAGGAAGUGGCCGAGUACCUGCUAGCCAAUAGCGACUGUCUGAGUCCCCAGAGCCACCUGGAGGUCCUGAGGAGGGUUUCAGGAGCUCCAGGGGAGGGGAACAGGGAUGGUGACAGGAGUUCUGGCCCAGGAGAGGAGCACUAUCUGGAGAAGACAGACCAGGAGGAGGGGUGUGGGUUUGGGAGACCCAGACCUGAUCCAGAGGUGGUGUGUCGUCUCAGGGAGAUGGAUGAGAGGAUAACCCAGGCCAUGGCCAACCUGGACUACCCUCCGGAGUGGAGCGGCAAGGCCAGCCAACCUAGAGAAGGUAACUAGCUAUCCUAUACAGUACAAUAAAAUACAACGUUAUCCACUUAGCCAAUAGGCCUAUGACAUAUAGAGUACAAUCAGUAACAGGUAAGGAAGAUAUGCCCCAAGACAGUUAUCCCUGUUCAGAAAGAGAAAUAAUGAAUGGGUUAUUUUCUCGAAAUAUAACAAUGAUUCAUAAUAGCUUCUGUAUAGGCUACACAGACGUAUUCAGAUGAAUAACAUAACUAUGUUUUUAUUUUUUAUUUAUUUUUAGUCAUUUAGCAGAUGCUUUUUUUUUUUCAUACUGGCCCCCCGUGGGAAUUGAACCCACAACCCUGCCGUUGCAAACGCCAUGCUCUACCAACUGAGCUACAUCCCUGCCGGCCAUUCCCUUCCCUACCCUGGACGACGCUGGGCCAAUUAUGCGCCGCCCCAUGGUUCUCCCGGUCGCGGCCGGCUACGACAGUGCCUGGAUUCGAACCAGGAUCUCUAGUGGCACAGCUAGCACUGCGAUGCAGCGCCUUAGACCACUGUUAUGACUUUUCAGUCAUAACAUUUCAGAUAGUGACAUGUAAUGUAUUCACACACACACACACACACACACACACAGAGAGAGAGAGAGAACAACACUCACUCAACUCAACUUGUACUUACUGUAGCUGGUGCCCUGCCCCAUCACUGGAACCAUGGGACCAUGGUAAAGGGCAAUACUGCAGACUACACAUACUCUCUUUCAAUGAGCUUAUGCUAUUGUCACAUGGGAGUUUUAUAUGGUGUUACAUUGUCUCUACAAGUAAAGAAGGAAAUACUAUAGACAAACACCAUCUCUGGUGCCAGCCUGUUUCUGCAUGCAACACAACAACAAUGCCACAUGGAGACCUUGCCAAACAGGUCAACCGAACAACCAGCUGGCAGAGACAGACUGCCACCACUAUGGCCAGAUUCAAACGAAGCCUACAUGCGCACAAUACUCAUGAUCAAGUCCAUUUAACUUUAUCAAGCUAGUGAAAGCACAAGGAUCAUGAUAACAUUAGUUUGGACUGUGUAUGUCAUACUGAGAAGAGAAGCGUGAAGGAGGGGAUAGAGAUAAGCUCUCCACUCUCUAACCACAGACCAAGUUCACCCACAGCUUCUUACGUAAGAGGGGGGAUUGUGUUUGGUAAAUAGUGCUCUUCAAUGCUUGCCCGUCUCAUCGGAAAGGUCACGUAUUGUCUGUGUGCCUGAGUGUCAGUCCCCAUUACUGGACAGGAAUCUCAGUACGCUCCGUCUUUCUCUCUCUUUCUCCCUUUCACAUUCUCUCUCUUUCUCUUUCUCUCUGUCUCUCUCUCUCUCUGUCUCUCUGUCUCUCUCUCAAUUUCUCUCUCUCUAUAAGUAGAAUUCGAAAAGCUUUUGCAAAUGAGACAUACAUCUGGGGCUCAAUUUUUGCUGGCGCUAAGGAGGUGUCAGUUUGCAAUUUUGUCAUGUAAAAACUGGUGCACUGGCAUUUUCCAGCCCUUACGUCAGGUUCGGCAAUUUACCUGACUAACAUCAGCUUGCUUGCGCUGAGAUAGGAGGAGUGGCAAUAUUUGAGGUGUGCUUAAAAACAAGCGCAAAACUGACAAUUUCAUGCAGCGGUAAUGGGAAGUUUUAAGACUUACUAAAAGCAGGUCUUAAUGGUAACGCAGUUGAUAAUGGCGCAGCCUAUUCAGCCGUGACACACAGUGCCCAUGGAACGAGAGAUGUGCCGGUGAAUCUCCUAUUUAGAAACAUAAAAAAAUAAGAUUGGUUUUAUUUUGUUUAAUUUGAUUAAAAACAAGCAUAGCCUACCCUCCCCUUAAUCAAGGCUGGUUUAGUAGUGAAACAUAGGUGCAUAUUUGUAUCCUGGCUGUGCAUUAGCCAAGUAGCCUAUGAAUAAAGGGGUUUUAAAUGGUCUACUGAGAGGUUUUUGCCCUCAUGCUUUUUCAUGAUUCACAAUUCACUUCAUUUCACAUUUCACUUAGGCUAUCCAUCCCCAUUUUCAAAGAGCGCCCCUUGUCCGAUUACCAAAGACACACUUUUCCAAACUAUUCAGUCCUCCUAUAAUGCCAUAUCAACAGCUGAUUUUUUUGAGAAUGUGCCUCAACGAUACAAUUGACGAUACAAUUGACAGGAGCCUAGUAUUUUGUAUAGACGUGCAAAUGUUAUGCGUAAAGACAUGUAGGCCUUCGUGUGCACACAGUGCGACACAAAUGUGAUUUAUGAUAUCAUGCAUCUGACCCCAUCCUAUUUACAAAUAUUGCUGUUAUUUUAAUAAACAGCUUGUUUUUCAUUUCGUUUGACAAAGAAACAAGCAUAGCCUCCCCUCAAUGAAGGCUGUUUUUUUUGUCCUGCCCAAUGCAUUCGCCAAAUAGCAGCCUAUCAAUAAAGGGUUUGGCUCGUUCGACUUCUUUGAAAUAAAUAUUAACCAUCAAAUCUUUAUUCAAAGCAAAACAGUGAACUGACAUUCUUUUUAUCAAUAUUUUAGCCAGCUCCCAUCAUUUUGAUUAGAAUCUGAUUCAAAUUAUUCACUCUCUUUUUAAGCCUUAUGAAUAGUGAAUUUAAUCUUGCUUAUUGACGUUUGGCACGUCCAUGGCUCAGACAUGGCAGACAUAAUGGAAUGUACAGUAGCUCUUAUAUCAGUGCAAAUGUUAUUUUUAACAAUAUAUUUCCAUAUUGAAAGCCAUGCAAUUAGGAUUCUUACAAUGUGGACUGCAAACAUGUUCAACCUAUUUAGCAAAGAUGGGAUAGGCCUACAUACAUUUUGUUUCUGUAGGCUAUUUAACAAACUAGGCUAUAACGGAUUAACAUUCGAACUGGAGUUGAUGACAACGCAAUACAUAAAAGACUGUAAAUACACAGCUUUAAGCAACCACAUAUUUAGCCAUGGAGCACUUUCUGAUUGGCCAAUGAGGGGUCAAGCUUCGACACACCUACACCUUGUUUAUACAUUAAAACCCUGCCUUUUUGCACUACCGCCAGCUACUGCGGCCAUAAUUCCAGUUGUGAAAAUAGCAAAACGAUUUCUGGCACACCCCCGAACCUAAAGCGCUACCUCUAGCGCUAAGAUUUACCAUUGGUGUUAGGUUUGUUAAAAUAGAGCCCCUGGACAUUUUUCAGUUUAGUUGACUGAACUUUGACAUGGAAGGUACAGUAUUUUUCCCUCAUCUAAAGUUCCUGGUCCAGUAAUUGGGUCAUGGUUAUGUGGUACAUAGUCAAGCGUUUGUGGUACAGUAUGGGUAACUGUGGGGACGAACACAGUGUGAGAAAGAAAUGGAGAGAAAGUUCAAGUUUAGGACAACGAUCUCCAUAGCAACUAUACCCUCCUUUCUUAGUCUUACAGGAAAGAAUAGAACGUCCAUUGACUGACUAUUCCCCUCCUUUAAAAAAAAUAAAAAGAAGUCAUUCAGUGUGUGUAAUCAAACACAACAAGGAUGUGUGUGUGCCCUGCCCGGGCCACAGCCACCUGGUCCCUCCAACACACUGGCUUUAUUAAAACAUGCUGAGCAGGUUUAGAGGGUUACUGUGUGUGUGUGUGUGUGUGUGUGUGUGUGUGUGUGUGUGUGUGUGUGUGUGUGUGUGUGUGUGUGUGUGUGUGUGUGUGUGUGUGUGUGUGUGUGUGUGUGUGUGUGUGUGUGUGUGUGUGUGUGUGUGUGUGUGUGUGUGUGUGUGUGUGUGUGUGUGUGUGUGUGUGUGUGUGUGUGUGUGUGUGUGUGUGUGUGUGUGUGUGUGUGUGUGUGUGUGUGUGUGUGUGUGUGUGUGUGUGUGUGUGUGUGUGUGUGUGUGUGUGUGUGUGUGUGUGUGUGUGUGUGUGUGCGCGCGUGUGUGUGUGUGUGUGUGUGCGUGCUCUUCUGAUGCUCUGUUGCUGGCUUCUGUCAAUGUCAUUAUCAGGGUGGGAAGCCCCGUCACUCUCACUGUCUCAUGUCUUUAUUAUGAGGAAGAGUUACUGAGGUUGCGUCCCAAAUGACACCCGAUUUCUGGUCAUUAAUAGUGCACUAUAUAGGGAACAGGGUGCCACUUGGUAUGCUGCCUGAAUCAAACGGGUGAAUUUCCCCAAGGACUUGUAGCUAACGCGGUACUUAAUUUUUUCUCAACGCCACAGCUCUAAGAUACAAGCCAGUAUAAGAACUAACCCCAGUAUGACAUACCUGACCUGCUUUGUUGGUAUGCAUUCUCCAUACAGUUUAUAGUCUAGAUAGACGUGACACAGCAUGACACACAAUAUGACACCCAUCUGGAAGGUGUGUUAGCUACAGUAGGCCUGCAUACAUUUAUUUUACAUACAGUACCAUGUAGUUCUGUCCUUCAGCUGUUCUUGUCUAUUACUGUUCUGUAUAAUGUCAUGUUUCAUGUUUUGUGUGGACCCCAGGAAGAGUAGCUGCUGCUUUUUGCAAUAAAUAAAAGACCAAAUACCAAAUGUACACUACCGUUCAAAAGUUUGGGGUCACUUAGAAAUGUCAUUGUUUUCGAAAGAAAAGCAAUUUUUUUGUCCAUUAAAAUAACAUCAAAUUGAUCAGAAAUACAGUGUAGACGUUGUUAAUGUUGUAAAUGGCUAUUGUAGCUGGAAACGGCUGAUUUCUAAUGGAAUAUCUACAUAGGCGUACAGAGGCCCAUUAUCAGCAACCAUCAGUCCUGUGUUCCAAUGGCACGUUGUAUUUGCUAAUCCAAGUUUAUCAUUUUAAAAGGCUAAUUGAUCAUUAGAAAACACUUUUGCAAUUAUGUUAGCAAAGCUGAAAACUGUUGUGCUGAUUAAAGAAGCAAUAAAACUGGCCUUCUUGAGACUAGUUGAGUAUCUGGAGCAUCAGCAAUUCUGGGUUCGAUUACAGGCUCAAAAUGGCCAGAAACAAAGAACUGUCUUCUGAAACUCGUCAGUCUAUUCUUGUUCUGAGAAAUACAGACUAUUGCAUGCGAGAAAUUGCCAAUAAACUGAAGAUCUCGUACAACGCUGUGUACUACUCCCUCCACAGAACAGCACAAACUGGCUCUAACCAGAAUAGAAAGAGGAGUGGGAGGCCCCGGUGCAUAACUGAGCAAGAGGACAAAUACAUUAGAGUGUCUAGUUUGAGAAACAGGCGCCUCACAGGUCCUCAACUGGCAGCUUCAUUAAAUACUACCCGUCUCAACGUCAACAGUGAAGAGGCGACUUUGGGAUGCUGACCUUCUAGGCAGAGUUGCAAAGAAAAAGCCAUAUCUCAGACUGCACAUCUUAAUCUUUUUAUUUUAUUGGCCAGUCUGAGAUAUGGCUUUUUCUUUGCAACUCUGCCUAGAAGGUCAGCAUCCCGGAGUCGCCUCUUCACUGUUGACGUUGAGACUGGUGACCCCAAACUUUUGAACGGUAGUGUAUGUGUUCUAGCUACAGUGCAUACCAUCUAUGUGUGCUAGCUGCAUACCAUGUACUGUGUGUGUGCAGUCAGAGUGUAUUCGCUUAUGUUCAUUUCGGCAUUCACACCUGACCUGGAGCCAGGAUAAGUGUGUUUAGGUCUAGAGAGUGGAUGUGGAGUAUGUCAUGUAUAUACAAUAAGUGUGGACGGUGAAGAUAUCGUUUGAAGGAUAACAGGUUGAGUGAUCUAUAGUGGAGAUAUAAGAGGCCACUAUGUUCUUAUAUGGAGGGCUGGUCACCUCUGGCCUAAAUACUGUCUGUAUUCAUCUAUUUUAUGGAACACUGUGUUGUCUCUGUCUGCAAUGUUAUUAACAUUGGCUACCAUGUUAUUUUACCCACUCUUACCUUAUCAAUUCAAUUAAAAGGGGCUUUAUUGGCAAAGCAAAUAUUAAAACAAUAAACGUGAAAGAAAUCAUCUGAAAUUAACAGUAAACAUUACACUCACAAAAGUUUAAAAGGUAUAAAGGCAUUUCAAAUGUUAUAUUAUUAGCUAUGUACAGUGUAAUAACAAGGGAAAAUAAAUAAUCUCUCGCUCUCUCGCUCUCUCUCUGCCUGCAGAACACCAGCCCAGGGACACUCUCCUCCACCUCUCCGUGCGUCUUGGUCUGCUCCGUCUCUCCCACUUCCUGAUUGGCCAGCCGAGGGGUCAGAGGGCACUGACCCUGUCAAAUGAGGAGGGGAACACACCCCUCCAGCUGGCUCAGAACAGAGGAGACCACAUCCUCUUUAUGGCGCUUGCCACGUGAGUCUCCGCCUCUUUUCAUCACAAAAGAUUAAAUCAUCAUCAUGUUUGUUUAUUUAUUGUCUUUAUUUUACCAGGUAAGUAAUUGAGAACACAGUCUAUUUUACCAUAACGACCCAAGAGCAAUGAUUCAUGUGAGUGAUGAUUGUCAUAAGACUGAAAAUGGCCAACCCAAUCAGAUAACUAACACAUACCUUCCUACUUCACUUCCAUACAGCCCCCCUAUCCCACAGAGGUCUCCCCCUGUCGGGGUGUGCUGUGUGUGGGCAGAUAGGACUUGUGUGCUAAGGGUAUGUCCUGGGUCUGGCUCCCUCACCCUCACCUUCCUGGGGGGCCCUGAGAGCAGUGUUCUGGACAACAUCCUGGUUCUCCGAGAGAAACUGACAGACCACAAUAUCCUCAGACAGGUGAGAUCAGGGCCCGUAUCCAGAAAGCGUCUCAGAGUAGGAGUGCUGAUCUAGGAUCAGUUUUGCCUUUUAGAUCAUAAUGAAUAAGAUUAUAUGGACAGAUCCUAGCUCCUACCUACCCUAAGAUGCUUACGGGUAUCCAGGAAAAGGAGGGAGAGAUUACAGAAAGAAUAGUGAGGGACUUCUUUCUUACAGCGCUGCAGAUUCCACUCGAGGCUGUCGAUAAAAUCCAACUCGAAUGUGUACACCGUUUCGGACACAGAGGGCAGAGAUAUGAGCGUCCAAUCGUUGCCAAAUUUGCCUUUUUUAAGGACAAAGUAAUGGUUAAAAGCCUAGGAAAAAGACUCGCUGGCACGAAAAUAGGCAUGAAUGAUCAGUUCCCGAGGGAGAUUGCAGAACGGCGCAAAGUUCUGUACCCAAUCUUCAAGGAAAACAGAUUAAAAGGGAAGCGUGUUGCUCUCGUUGUUGAUAAACUGUAUAUUGACAACCAAAUGUUCCACGACACAAAGACCACUCCAUGGCUAUUCUGAAAGUUCUAAUAGAGGAGUCGAAUAAUGGAACACCCAAUACUAGUCAUGGUAGGGAAUGUAAUAAUAAAACAUAUUUAUAGUAGGUAUAGUAAUUUAUAAAGGGAUAAGACAGUAUUACAAGAAAAGAUAACAAGCUAAAUAAUAAAUCUUCAAAUACAACUAAAUUAGAACACAAGUACUCAAUCAACAUAGUGGAGAUAAAAUAUAGCAAACAGAAGACAUAGAAGGCACAGUGUGGGGAUAUGUGUGGAUGAAUUGUGAUGGAAGGUGUGGUGUGCGUUUUGGUGUUUGAAUAAGUGUGGCGUUAAGUAAGUGAGAAAGGAAAUGGUUGCAUAUCCCAGAACCAACAUGUGUCUGUGAGCAGGGGUUGUGAGAGGGAGCUUUCAAUUUUGUGCAGAUGAAAGAUAUACAUUUUAAAGUAUAGUAUACAUCUAAUAUAUUUUUUAUUGUCCUAUCAUGAUGGAACGAUCCCCAAUCCUAUAUCCUAGACACCCACCUGAGCGACCCAUACACCAAAGAGAAGUCCCCAUCUGUUUUAUGGACCUGCUGUGAGUUGCCUAUAUGCAGCCAAAACAGGAAAAUAAAUGCGGUCAGAGACCUACUUGAGCAGCACCACCCCCUCAAGAAUCUGAGCCUGCCUGGCAGGGUUGGUCCUACAAAACCAGAACCCCUCAAAGGUCUGACUGCACGGAGAUGCUUGGGAAAAAUGGUUACAACGGGGACCAGAGUGUUUGUGUCUCAGGUGAAGAGGGUGGAUCUGAUCUCCAUCACCUAGGACUUGACAUAGAUUAAAUAGAUUAAUCAAAUCUCACAUUGUUGUCAAUUUCUGCUCAAUCUUGCAUGCUUUCUCAAUCAGCUGUAACUGAAUAUGCAUUUGUAAAUCAGUUCCUUUCUUGAGUUGAGCUCUGGGAUGUAACAACCGUUGAGCAUCUGAUUUUAUGGUUGAUUGUGGAGUGUAAGAGUAUGUGCGUGUGUGUUUAUCCCACAUCUGUUGCAAGGGGGUAAGGAUGUUAGGGAGAAUAUAGGAUGAACCACAAUAAUUGUUUGCUAAAAUAAUAAUUGCUUGUCAAAAAUGAAAUGUAAUACAAUGGCAAUCCGGGUUAUAUGUUAACAUCCUAUGCAUAAACUGCCGAAAUUAUUAUGCAUAUUAAUUGAUAAUGAUGGAAAAUAAGAUAUGCAAGAUAUUUCAAUAGAUAUAUAUUUUUAAAUAGUUAUAUAUAUAUAUAUAUAUUGAGGUGACAGCAGUGGAAAUGCUUUUGGCGGUUAACCUGCUUCUGUUUUGUGUGCUGUUUUCGAUGGAUGGGUCCUGGCCUCUCGGGGCCCUAGGGAUCCGGAGGGACGGGGGUGGGAUGCCGAUCACUGGGUUGACGGCUCAACUUGGGAUGGGGAGGGGCUUUAGUGGGGGAAUUAGUGGAGAACAAUUGGAGGGUUACUUAGUAGCAAUGCAAAUAUCAUGGUACAGCUACAGUGAGGGAAAAAAGUAUUUGAUCCCCUGCUGAUUUUGUACGUUUGCCCACUGACAAAGAAAUGAUCAGUCUAUAAUUUUAAUGGUAGGUUUAUUUGAACAGUGAGAGACAGAAUAACAACAAAAAAAUCCAGAAAGACGCAUGUCAAAAAUGUUAUAAAUUGAUUUGCAUUUUAAUGAGGGAAAUAAGUAUUUGACCCCUCUGCAAAACAUGACUUAGUACUUGGUGGCAAAGCCCUUGUUGGCAAUCACAGAGGUCAGACGGUUCUUGUAGUUGGCCUCCAGGUUUGCACACAUCUCAGGAGGGAUUUUAUCCCACUCCUCUUUGCAGAUCUUCUCCAAGUCAUUAAGGUUUCAAGCCUGACAUUUGGCAACUCGAACCUUCAGCUCCCUCCACAGAUUUUCUAUAGGAUUAAGGUCUGGAGACUGGCUAGGCCACUCCAGGACCUUAAUGUGCUUCUUUUUGAGCCACUCCUUUGUUGCCUUGGCCGUGUGUUUUGGGUCAUUGUCAUGCUGGAAUACCCAUCCAUGACCCAUUUUCAAUGCCCUGGCUGAGAGAAGGAGGUUCUCACCCAAGAUUUGACGGUACAUGGCCCCGUCCAUCGUCCCUUUGAUGCGGUGAAGUUGUCCCAUCCCCUUAGCAGAAAAACACCCCCAAAGCAUAAUGUUUCCACCUCCAUGUAUGACGGUGGGGAUGGUGUUCUUGGGGUCAUAGGCAGCAUUCCUCCUCCUCCAAACACGGCGAGUUGAGUUGAUGCCAAAGAGCUCGAUUUUGGUCUCAUCUGACCACAACACUUUCACCCAGUUCUCCUCUGAAUCAUUCAGAUGUUCAUUGGCAAACUUCAGACGGGCCUGUAUAUGUGCUUUCUUGAGCAGGGGGACCUUGCGGACGCUGCAUGAUUUCAGUCCUUCACGGCGUAGUGUGUUACCAAUUGUUUUCUUGGUGACUAUGGUCCCAGCUGCCUUGAGAUCAUUGACAAGAUCCUCCUGUGUAGUUUUGGGCUGAUUCCUCACCGUUCUCAUGAUCACUGCAACUCCACGAGGUAAGAUCUUGCAUGGAGCCCCAGGCUGAGGGAGAUUGACAGUUAUUUUGUGUUUCUUCCAUUUGCGAAUAAUCGCACCAACUGUUGUCACCUUCUCACCAAGCUGCUUGGCGAUGGUCUUGUAGCCCAUUCCAGCCUUGUGUAGGUCUACAAUCUUGUCCUUGACAUCCUUGGAGAGCUCUUUGGUCUUGGCCAUGGUGGAGAGUUUGGAAUCUGAUUGAUUGAUUGCUUCUGUGGACAGGUGUCUUUUAUACAGGUAACAAGCUGAGAUUAGGAGCACUCCCUUUAAGAAUGUGCUCCUAAUCUCAGCUCGUUACCUGUAUAAAAGACUCCUGGGAGCCAGAAAUCUUUCUGAUUGAGAGGGGGUCAAAUACUUAUUUCCCUCAUUAAAAUGCAAAUCAAUUUAUAACAUUUUUGACAUGCGUUCUUCUGGAUUUUGUUGUUGUUAUUCUGUCUCUCACUGUUCAAAUAAACCUACCAUUAAAAUUAUAGACUGAUCAAACGUACAAAAUCAGCAGGGGAUCAAAUACUUUUUUCCCUCACUGUAUAUGGACACUCAAUCAUUACGGUAUUUUUUAUUGGUAAAUGUACAAACAUAUAUAAUGAUAAAUAGACUUGAAACUUGUAUCUCAUUAGUGUAUGGUGAAAUAAGUAUAGCCAGUUAUAAUUGUAAUGGCUUAGCUGAUAAUAACAAAAGAAGAACAAUAUUUACAUGGCUCAAAGAGAAGGAAUAUAAUAUCUAUUGUUUACAGGAAACCCAUUCAACAAUUCUAGAUGAAGUUGCGUGGAAAAAGGAAUGGGGGGGCAAAAUAUACUUCUCCCAUGGGCAAAGAAACUCAAAAGGGGUGAUGAUAUUAAUUAAAAGUAAUUUAGAUCAGAAUGUGCAAAUUGUCCAAAUAGAUAUGCAAGGUAGAUGGAUUAUUUUAAAUAUGUUAUUGGACCAUAAACAUAUAUGGCUCAUUAACCUUUACGGACCAAAUAAUGACGAUCCACACUUCUUUGACAAUCUAUACACUGCUCAAAAAAAUAAAGGGAACACUUAAACAACACAAUGUAACUCCAAGUCAAUCACACUUCUGUGAAAUCAAACUGUCCACUUAGGAAGCAACACUGAUUGACAAUAAAUUUCACAUGCUGUUGUGCAAAUGGAAUAGACAACAGGUGGAAAUUAUAGGCAAUUAGCAAGACACCCCCAAUAAAGAAGUGGUUCUGCAGGUGGUGACCACAGACCACUUCUCAGUUCCUAUGCUUCCUGGCUGAUGUUUUGGUCACUUUUGAAUGCUGGCGGUGCUUUCACUCUAGUGGUAGCGUGAGACGGAGUCUACAACCCACACAAGUGGCUCAGGUAGUGCAGCUCAUCCAGGAUGGCACAUCAAUGCGAGCUGUGGCAAGAAGGUUUGCUGUGUCUGUCAGCGUAGUGUCCAGAGCAUGGAGGCGCUACCAGGAGACAGGCCAGUACAUCAGGAGACGUGGAGGAGGCCGUAGGAGGGCAACAACCCAGCAGCAGGACCGCUACCUCCGCCUUUGUUCAAGGAGGAGCAGGAGGAGCACUGCCAGAGCCCUGCAAAAUGACCUCCAGCAGGCCACAAAUGUGCAUGUGUCUGCUCAAACGGUCAGAAACAGACUCCAUGAGGGUGGUAUGAGGGCCCGACGUCCACAGGUGGGGGUUGUGCUUACAGCCCAACACCAUGCAGGACGUUUGGCAUUUGCCAGAGAACACCAAGAUUGGCAAAUUCGCCACUGGCGCCCUGUGCUCUUCACAGAUGAAAGCAGGUUCACACUGAGCACAUGUGACAGACGUGACAGAGUCUGGAGCCGCCAUGGAGAAUGUUCUGCUGCCUGCAACAUCCUCCAGCAUGACCGGUUUGUCGGUGGGUCAGUCAUGGUGUGGGGUGGCAUUUCUUUGGGGGGCCGCACAGCCCUCCAUGUGCUCGCCAGAGGUAGCCUGACUGCCAUUAGGUACCGAGAUGAGAUCCUCAGACCCCUUGUGAGACCAUAUGCUGGUGUGGUUGGCCCUGGGUUCCUCCUAAUGCAAGACAAUGCUAGACCUCAUGUGGCUGGAGUGUGUCAUCAGUUCCUGCAAGAGGAAGGCAUUGAUGCUAUGGACUGGCCCGCCCGUUCCCCAGACCUGAAUCCAAUUGAGCACAUCUGGGACAUCAUGUCUCGCUCCAUCCACCAACGCCACGUUGCACCACAGACUGUCCAGGAGUUGGCGGAUGCUUUAGUCCAGGUCUGGGAGGAGAUCCCUCAGGAGACCAUCCGCCACCUCAUCAGGAGCAUGCCCAGGCGUUGUAGGGAGGUCAUACAGGCACAUGGAGGCCACACGCACUACUGAGCCUCAUUUUGACUUGUUUUAAAGGACAUUACAUCAAAGUUGGAUCAGCCUGUAGUGUGGUUUUCCACUUUAAUUUUGAGGGUGACUCCAAAUCCAGACCUCCAUGGGUUGAUAAAUUUGAUUUCCAUUGAUCAUUUUUGUGUGAUUUUGUUGUCAGCACAUUCAACUAUGUAAAGAAAAAAGUAUUUAAUAAGAUUAUUUCAUUCAUUCAGAUCUAGGAUGUGUUGUUUAAGUGUUCCCUUUAUUUUUUUGAGCAGUGUAUAUUACAUUAUCAACCCUGCAAGCAUUUCAAGACAAUAUUAUUAUGGUGGGGGAUUAUAAUACUGUUUUAAAUAGCUCAAUGGACCGUAAAGGAAAUCACACCACAAACAAUCACCCUCAUGCUCUUAAGGAAAUCGUGAAUGUCAUGGAUACAUUAGAACUAGUAGAUAUAUGGAGGCUUAAAUAUCCUGAUCUAGUGAGAUAUACAUGGCGGCGACUCAAUCAAGCUAGUCGUCUUGACUUCUUUCUUAUGUCAUUCUCGUUGGCACCAAAAGUCUAAAAAGUGUUGAUAGGGGACAGAAUGCAGUCGGACCAUCAUAUAAUUGGCAUUUACAUUACCCUUACUGAAUUUCCACGUGGGCGAGGAUAUUGGAAAUUUAAUCAAAGCCUAUUGGAUGGAUAUUGUAUUUUUAACUAGGACAAAAUAAUUUAUAACUGUUUUUUUCCUACAUAACAUAGGUACAGCAAAUCCCCUUAUUGUAUGGGACACCUUUAAAUGUGCCUUUAGAGGCCAUGCAAUUCAGUACUCAUCUUCAACAUAGGAAUGCUACCAAAAAGAAUUUAAUGAAACUGGUUACAAUUCACCCAUUAUAUUUUGAAGGAGGAAAGAAAGUACUAUAAGCAUAUGUGUUCGUUUCAGUCGCCUCCAUCUCCUCUAACUGAAGGUAAUUGUAGAGAUUUUUUUUCUAUUGAUAAUGUAAAAUUAACAGCCAUACAGAAAGACUCAUGUGAAGGUGAAAUUACAGAGGAGGAACUUCUGGAUGCAAUUAAAAACAUUAAGUCCGGGAAAACUCCAGGGUUGGAUGGCAUACCAGUCGAGGUAUACCAAACCUUUUUUUAUAUACUAAGAGGACCGUUAUUAGCAUGUUUUAACCACUCCUAUGUAAAUGGUAGAUUAUCAGACACUCAAGAAGAAGGUCUGAUUUCAUUAUUACUGAAACAGGAUACAAGUGGAAAAUAUAAAGAUCCAGUCCAUUAAAAAAAUUGGAGGCUCCUUACACUUCAGUGUUGUGAUGCAAAAAUUCUAGCAAAAUGUAUAGCGCAUAGAAUUAAAAAGGUAUUGUCGGACAUUAUUCAUUAUAAUCAGACAGGUUUUGUACAUGGAAGAUACAUUGGAGAUAAUAUAAGGCAAGUACUGGAAACAAUAGAACACUAUGGAAAAUCUGGGAAACCAGGCCUGCUAUUCAUAGCAGACUUCGAAAAGGCAUUUGAUAAAGUACGACUGGGGUUUAUAUAUAAAUGCCUGGAGCAUUUCAAUUUUGGAGAAUCUCUUAUAAAAUGGGUCAAAAUCAUGUAUAGUAACCCUAGGUGUAAAAUAGUAAAUAAUGGCUAUUUCUACAAAAGUUUUAAACUGUCAAGAGGAGUGAAAUAAGGUUGUCCACUAUCGGCAUAUCUAUUUAUUAUGGCCAUCGAGAUGUUAGCUAUUAAAAUCAGAUACAACAAUAAUAUCAAGGGAUUAGAAAUCCAGGGCUUAAAAACAAAGGUGUCAUUGUACGUUGAUGAUUCAUGUUUUCUUUUAAAUCCACAACUAGAAUCCCUCCACAGCCUCAUAGAGGAUCUAGAUACAUUUUCUAACCUCUCUGGAUUACAACCAAAUUAUGACAAAUGUACUAUAUUACGUAUUGGAUCACUAAAAAAUACAAUUUUUACAUUACAUUUACAUUACAUUUAGGUCAUUUAGCAGACGCUCUUAUCCAGAGCGACUUACAAAUUGGAUGCAUGUAGUUUACCAAUAAAAUGGUCUGAUGGUGAUGUGGAUAUACUCGGAAUACAAAUCCCAAAGGAAAUAACUGAUCUCACUCCAAUAAAUGUUAAUAGAAAGUUAGCAAAAAUAGAUAAGAUCUUGCUACCAUGGAAAGGUAAAUACCUGUCAAUUUGUGGAAAAAUCACCCUGAUUAACUCUUUAGUAUUAUCCCAGUUUACCUAUUUGCUUAUGGUCUUGCCUACGCCUAGCGAACAGUUUUUUAAAUUAUAUGAUAAAAAAAUAUUCCAUUUUAUUUGGAACGGCAAGCCAGACAAAAUUAAACGGGCCUAUUUAUAUAAUUAAUAUGAAUUCGGAGGACAGAAAUUAUUAAAUGUUAAAGCAUUAGACUUAUCACUAAAAGCUUCAGUCAUACAAAAGUUAUACUUACAGUGAGGGAAAAAAGUAUUUGAUCCCCUGCUGAUUUUGUGCGUUUGCCCACUGACAAAGAAAUGAUCAGUCUAUAAUUUUAAUGGUAGGUUUAUUUGAACAGUGAGAGACAGAAUAACAACAAAAAAAUCCAGAAAAACGCAUGUCAAAAAUGUUAUAAAUUGAUUUGCAUUUUAAUGAGGGAAAUAAGUAUUUGACCCCCUCUCAAUCAGAAAGAUUUCUGGCUCCCAGGUGUCUUUUAUACAGGUAACGAGCUGAGAUUAGGAGCACUAAUCUCAGCUUGUUACCUGUAUAAAAGACACCUGUCCACAGAAGCAAUCAAUCAAUCAGAUUCCAAACUCUCCACCAUGGCCAAGACCAAAGAGCUCUCCAAGGAUGUCAGGGACAAGAUUGUAGACCUACACAAGGCUGGAAUGGGCUACAAGACCAUCGCCAAGCAGCUUGGUGAGAAGGUGACAACAGUUGGUGCGAUUAUUUGCAAAUGGAAGAAACACAAAAGAACUGUCAAUCUCCCUCGGCCUGGGGCUCCAUGCAAGAUCUCACCUCGUGGAGUUGCAAUGAUCAUGAGAACGGUGAGGAAUCAGCCCAGAACUACACAGGAGGAUCUGGUCAAUGAUCUCAAGGCAGCUGGGACCAUACUCACCAAGAAAACAAUUGGUAACACACUACGCCGUGAAGGACUGAAAUUCUGCAGCGCCCGCAAGGUCCCCCUGCUCAAGAAAGCACACAUACAGGCCCGUCUGAAGUUUGCCAAUGAACAUCUGAAUGAUUCAGAGGAGAACUGGGUGAAAGUGUUGUGGUCAGAUGAGACCAAAAUCGAGCUCUUUGGCAUCAACUCAACUCACCGUGUUUGGAGGAGGAGGAAUGCUGCCUAUGACCCCAAGAACACCAUCCCCACCGUCAAACAUGGAGGUGGAAACAUUAUGCUUUGGGGGUGUUUUUCUGCUAAGGGGACAGGACAACUUCACCGCAUCAAAGGGACGAUGGACAGCGCCAUGUACCGUCAAAUCUUGGGUGAGAACCUCCUUUCCUCAGCCAGGGCAUUGAAAAUGGGUCGUGGAUGGGUAUUCCAGCAUGACAAUGACCCAAAACACACGGCCAAGGCAACAAAGGAGUGGCUCAAGAAGAAGCACAUUAAGGUCCUGGAGUGGCCUAGCCAGUCUCCAGACCUUAAUCCCAUAGAAAAUCUGUGGAGAGAGCUGAAGGUUCGAGUUGCCAAACGUCAGCCUCGAAACCUUAAUGACUUGGAGAAGAUCGGCAAAGAGGAGUGGGACAAAAUCCCUCCUGAGAUGUGUGCAAACCUGGUGGCCAACUACAAGAAACGUCUGACCUCUGUGAUUGCCAACAAGGGUUUUGCAACCAAGUACUAAUUCAUGUUUUGCAGAGGGGUCAAAUACUUAUUUCCCUUAUUAAAAUGCAAAUCAAUUUAUAACAUUUUUGACAUGCGUUUUUCUGGAUAUUUUUGUUGUCAUUCUGUCUCUCACUGUUCAAGUAAACAUACCAUUAAAAUUAUAGACUGAUCAUGUCUUUGUCAGUGGGCAAACGUACAAAAUCAGCAGGGGAUCAAAUACUUUUUUCCCUCACUGUAAUUCAUUCAUUGACUAUGUUUUACUGUAAUCAAACCUUUAUAAUAUAAUGAAUGCAUUGACAUUAUAAUUCAUAGGCUGUUUGUUCUACAGUAUAGUUUAUUAUUAUUAUUAUUAUUAUUAUUAUUAUUAUUAUUAUUAUUAUUAUUAAGAGCAUGUUGUCACAGAGCUCAUGUAUUUGGCACAGAUCUCAGCACUGAGAGGUGAUGUUGAUGUUCAGAUGGAGGACAGUGAUGUCCAUACAAGUGAUACCAGUGACCGA